AUGUACGUAGUCAAUGAUCUCUGGAUACUCAAAGUCCAACCUGUACCAUCCGUGGACUUCCUGCCAAGGGGUAAAGAUAACAACGCUUCGUUUCCAUCGUUGGCUUGUUCCCUUGAACCGUUAGCGGUUAAAAACGAAGAAACUGAGGAAGAAGAGAUCUCCUCCACAGGCAAAAAGAACCGGAAGAGUAGAACAAAACGGCAAGAAAAACCACCAUAUAGUUAUAUUGCUCUUAUAGCUAUGGCUAUACAAAAACGGCCGGAUAAACGAGCUACACUUGCCGAAAUUUACACCUUUCUACAGGAACAUUUUGAUUUUUUUCGUGGUGAAUAUGUGGGAUGGAGGAAUUCCAUACGUCAUAAUCUCUCGUUGAAUGACUGUUUUGUGAAGCUGCCAAAGGAGGCUGGGGAGAGAGGUCGUAAAGGUCACAAGUGGACAAUUUCUGACAAUUGCGAGUUUCUACUGGAGGAAGGCGCAUUUCGACGGCGUCCACGUGGCUACAAAGCAAGGAAACGACCGAUGUACGGGCAAUUCACGCAGUUCGAAUAUCCACAACCGAUUCCCGAAUAUUCCAUGGAUAAGUCGGUUAUGGAUCCGAUGACCGCCGGUACAUCCACAGUCCCUCCUCUCACAGCAGCUGCUCCUCCAAUGGUAUAUCCCGGCUACCUGCCCGGAUGUCAACAACUUACUCCCUGGACACAACAAUACGAUCACACAUGGUACGGUUACGGUCCACAAGAUACCGUAUCGCCGAACUAUUUUUAUCAACCGGAAAUGGUUCACUACGAGGAAUGGCCGCAAAUACCGUAUCCAACCGGGGAUGCUGCGUAUUCGACGAAUGUUAGCGUUCCGGAGAAUUGA